CGUAAAUUUUGAACUACACUGUGAUGUUUACUUAGAACCGUCUUGUUUUUUAUUUAUUUUUACCUGUUUUAAACAUUUCGUGAUCUUCAUUUAAGAAAUUAUUUAUGAGGAAAACUUCAUUGAUCUCGUGAGCUCUUAUGUCAUGAAAUGAAUACUGUCGAUGUGUUGAAACUUGAAGAAUAUAUUUGGUUUAUAUAUGAAUGACAUCAAAGAAGAAAUUACUAAUGAUUUUGUUGGAUCUCUGAAGGUUGUAACCCCAGGCAAAUAUACCGGAAGUGAUUUGUCAACCAUUCAUAACCAUUGCGUGCAUCUUGAAGCGAUUUUAGCAAUGAAAUUCUCAUCCUUCGAAAAGGAGAACUACAAACCGGUAUCACCUGAUACCUUACAAAGACUGUUAGAAGAACAAAUUGAAUCACACAAAGCUAUCGAAGCCUUGCAGCAACAAAUCCAAGCAAAUACGCCCAUAUCUUUAGCGUCUGACGCUAGUAAGGAAUUUGAGCAAAGUGUUCUAAAACAAAGAGACAUUUUAAAUGAAAUAAUUGGUAUCUCUCUAUCUUCAUCACCACUAAACCUGUCACACAGUGAAGAGAUUAUGUCAGAUACGUUUUUACCUUUGGCCAAAACACUUUUCCCGGAAAGCACGGUCGAACACAGUCCCCUACACAAUGAUACACAAUGGACAAACAAAUUGGGUGCGAAAAAAGAUGGCAGUGUUGAUUCCGCGACGGAAUUUCGGUUGAAAAAUAAACCAACGAAGCCUGAAAGCGUUGUGCCUUUUACUUCUUGCGGUUUACAGUUCAAGAAUGAUCAGAAUCCGAUUUCCCAUUUUUUUUCUGAGCGAGAAGAGAAUGAUGAUGAGCUUUUAUUGUUUUUAGAUAUCAUAGAGCAAAAAGCUCUGUCUAUUAAAAGUUUGAUUGAACGUGAAAAGUUGGAUACUGUUGUGAAACUUCGUCAUCAGAUCGAGGCAGAAUUUAACGGACUGAGGCUGGAGGAGAUUCCCUUUACUUUUCACGAGAAAAUUGACAGCGCAAUACAAAAAUACUUGGAACUGGAACUGAAUAAAAUUGGUGAGAGGUACGGGGAAAAGUGUGUCGGUAACAACUCAAGAAAUGGCAUCGAGGAAAAUGAUCUAUACUGUCUACCUGAUGUCGAAAUGCUGGAGGAAUUAAAACGUGAGAACUGUGAUCUUCGUGAUAAAGUUGAGAGUCUUGAAACCAGUGUUAGACGUGUAGACAUGUUGUAUUCGAUGCAGAAAAAAGAGAACGAAUAUUUAACAGAGAAGGUGGUUACGUUAGAACGGCAAUUGACAAAUGAUCAAUUAAGGCACGAGAACGAGUUAAUUAGUACGUGUAAUGACUGUGUGAACAAAAAGGAAAACAAUGUAAAAAUAUGUGAUAGGACAGAUAUAUCUGAGACGGUGAACACUCUUUUUCAUAAACUGGGACAAACUGAAAGAAAGAAUGAUGCUUUAAAGAUGGCUGGGGAAGCAGAUCAGACAACCAUACGAUGUUUAGAAGGAAAAAUCACUGAACUUGAGGACAAUUUGAAAUAUUCCCGACAAGAAGUUGACGAAUUACUUCAAGAAAUACGAGAAUUACAAAACCAAGCUAAGAAACUAGACGAUAAUAUUCUUGAACGUGACGUAAAGAUCCGACUACUGAACGAAGAACGUCGACGAUUGCGUGAAACUGUUAUCAUGUCUGAACAUGAGAUAUCGAUGUUGGAAAAUAAACUUGGAAAUAAUGACAAGGAUGCUUCGAAAGAAAGUAAGAAAGAAAUUCUUGAACAGCUAAAAAAACUGGAAGAACACAUUAAAGUGGUACACAAAGAGAAAAGAAAAUUGGAAAAUAAAUAUUUGGCAUUCAAAAUAGAACAUGAACAUCUGCAGGAGUCGUUUGGUUCCUUCAGCAAGGCGAAAGAAAUACUAACACCAUUUAACAGUUGUAAUAUUAGCCAGGAUCAGAGCUUGCUUUCGUCACACUCCAGUUCGCUAUCGUCCUCGCUUGCAGGCUCAGAUAACGAGGAUGAUGAGAAGCUUAGUUCUGAACAUCGUCAUGUAAGUAAAGUCAAUGGAAACAAGUGGAGAGGAGAACAGAUAAUCAAAGAUAAAAACGAGCUGAAAUUUAUGAAGAGUCUCGCAAGAAAACUCAGCAUUUCUCAGGAAAAUUUGUCAAAGAACGAGAGUUGUGUUUUUUCUAGUUUUCAAAAUUCUUCUGGAGAAAAGUUUUCUAAUGAAGCUGAUGAAUUGGUACGAAAAGUUGACUGUUUGGAAGCGGAAAAAAAGGCUAUAAAAAAGGAACUGGAAAUCAUUAGAUCAAACCAGGCAAAUAAAGGUGUAGAAUGUUGAAUAUGUGGUGUUCACAAAAACUUCUUGUGCUUUUCAUAUGUAUAAAGAUCUCAACAUUACGUCGUUGAUGUCUAGGAUUUGAAUAUGAAUAGAAGAUUUUCACCUAUAGGCUAUAUGGUCAUUUCAUUUGUACAUUUCUCUGUAUGUAUGAAGGUCUUAUCAUUGAGAGAUUAUUUGUUACCUUUUCA